GAAAAGAACCAAAAAAGAUAGGAAAUAACUAAUAGCUAAGAAACUCAGAAAAUGAAAGCAACUUGUUCUUAUGUAUACAGAAAAUAGCAUACUUUCAUUUCAAAAUCUCCCUUGCGUGAUUAGUACAGUAAAACAAGAUAUUUUUUCCUGGGAAUGUAAUGUGGCCAAUUUAAAAAAGAAAAACAAACAAAAAUAAAAGUCUCAUGGCUGAUAGCUCUAUAUAGUCUGAUCACAAGGGUUUUCUUCCACUGUCACUGGGGCGUAGAUCAUGAACAGUGUGAUGGACAAACCUGGAAAGAAACCUGAAGAGAGCAGUCUUGUAUUUUGGCUGGAGAUGUCAAAGUAGCUUUUAAGGACUGAAGACUUAUUUUUUUGUAUGUUUUAUUUUUGAUGUUACAUGUUAGUGCUGCACAAUGUCUUCAUUAUUUGAUCUUUUAAAAAUCUGUUUCUUUCUUCUACUCUAACAUUUUGCCUGGCAACAGGGAGCGUUUGCUCAUAUUUCACUGCCAUGCAGUGAAGUUCAGCUGUCCUAAGAGGGGAGUCGAUCUCAGAAUUCAUCACACAAUGUGUAAUGCGGCUGUAUGACCUGUUUUACUGCAUUGUUUGCUAGUUAGGUUUGACUUCGAUUGUAUUCUGUGUUUAACCAGUGACAGAAAGCACCACUGGAAGAUAUACCAUGCUGUAAAAGCAUAAUUCAGGUACCUGUGGUUGGCCAAUGAAGCAGCAAGCUUGUUAGGCUCAAUCCUGGAAUAAAGUAUUCUCUGCUGGGUGAAAAGAAUUGCAAGCAGAAUUAAAUCACAAAUUUGUAGGAAACAAGUAGUUAUGAAAAAACAAAAGUCAAAUUAAGAAGACAAGCGAUUUUCUUUCUGUGUAAUGAAAUGCAGAUAGAAUAAAACCUGGAGUGUGUUACCAUUAAACACAUUCCUCUGGGCUUCCUUCCUUGACUUCUGUUUUGUUGAAGGCCCCAUCUGCCUUUAAGUACAUAACAGGAUAUGUUAUACAUUUGUUUACAUUUGCAUUAUGUUUAGUCUCAAAUGUUCCUGCCCUGGUUUGUCUCGCAUUGAAGCUUUUGAUGAGGUGGCAAUGGAAACAAUAACAGUCUUGUGUACUGUGGCUUGAUACAGAGGUAGGGAGCCUUUUGCCAAUACUGUUGUGAUUGAGCGCCGGUUUUACAAUGAAUGAAAUAAGUUUGGGUUCUGUAAUUUGGAAAAAAAAAACCCACAAAAAUGACUGUGUCUGAUUUGAAAGUGCAUGCAACUGAACCUUUUCUUUCUAUUUUUUCUUCCUUGGGAUUGUACCUUUAAGUUAUUUUACCCUGGACCUGUCUGGAACUGGGAGAAGGCUGUUUGUUGUUCUUGUAUUGUCUUUAGUUUUCCUCCUGCUGUCCUUGUGUGACCCAGAUAAGAAAGCUUAAGUGGUUUUGUACUGAAUGAACACAGACUGAGGGGGCUGCAGGAUCAGCACACUGAGACAAGUUAGGUAAAAACAGACAAUAAGAUGGCAGAGUGAUUUGAUCUGGGCUAGAUUGAUCGCAUGGAUUAAGAAAAGGGUGAAUGAAAGAGGAAAUUAGAAACAAGGCAGGAGAAUAAAGUAGGAAGGAAGAAGAAUGAAAAGAAAAAGAAUGGGAAACAAUAGAGUUUGGGACACUUGGUCUGUUUAGGUACCCUGUUAUAAGUGGAUGCUUUCAUAUGUAUCCGUGAACUGAGGGUGUAUAUGGAUUAAAUUAAUUUCAAAAUUCCAAAUACUAGCUGUUUUGUGAGAUAGCUCUUGUGUAACAUUUUCAAGAUAACAUUAUCUUUUAGCUGUUGAAGGAGAUGCUUUUGGUUUGAGUAAUAAGGAAGAAAAUGACAACAAGAGUCACCAAAAUCUUUUGCAUCAGUCACACUGACAUCUGUAAUUAUCUGACACAUUUUUGUUACCUCUUGUUAUUUAAGAUCAGCAUCAUUAGUCUUACACCGUGUAUUUGAUAAAAGACCUGAUUUUAAUUUUCAUCACCUGAUGCAGUGAAAUUACAUGCUCUAUGACCAGAAUAAAUCACGUAAUUGAGGGAACAGAAAAUGUUUGCUUUAUAUGUAGCAAGGUGUUUGGCUGACUUCUUAGUAUGAUCUUGUGAAAUGGUGCUUCACAAUUAAAAUUCUUUCUCCAGCCUUGGCUAAGGAAGCUUUUGUAGCUUUGUAAUACUUCCCUUCUUUCUAUCAGCCUUGGUCUGUCAGCUGAAAGCACCUUUUCCAGGGUCAGUCUGAUCUGGCUGGCCUCUAACUUGUUUGUAUAUAUUCAGAUCCUAUAUCUUAUGUGUGUUUUUCUCUCUCUUCUUAAGAGGAAACAAAAAAUGUGGAAGAGGAUUCUUCACUGAGAAUUUUCUUCAUUCUCAGUGUAUUUUAAAGGCGUGUCGUCCAAAUAUGCUGUGAUAUUUCCAGAACAGUGGACUUAAAGCUCAUCUGCAAAGAUUGAUGUAUCCAAGUAAUGUUUAACAAUAAUACCUGCCUGUUGAGAACAAUAGAAUCACUCAGGUGUAUGAAGUUACUUGGGCAAGGAGUAUUCUGGGAUAGGGGCCUUAGUGUGUAAUUGUUGUGAUGAAAUCUCUUUGAAGCAAGCUGCUGUAUGAACGUGCUGCUCUGGGUCCCAGGUACACCAUUAUAAGGGGUCUCAGUCAUUGAAAAUAAGGCGAUUGUAAAACUAAAUGUAUGCUUUGCAAGAAGUGCUCCUAAUGUUAUGUACUCCAAAAUACUUACUUAAUUACAGGCACCAUUUCAAUGACUGCCAUUCUGGAUUUUGCUGGUCUUCACAAUGGGAAUAACUGAUGCACUUUUUCAAACCAGGUAGAGAAAAAAUAUUUUGGAAGUAUUAAAUUGUAUGGACUUCCAGAAGUGGGGGAGGAAAAAGACUGUCUUGCUUAGAUCAAAGUAACUUGCAAAAUAUAUAUUUAUAUUGCUUUGUUGUUUAAAACAAAAAUAGUCAAUAAUAAAACACCUUUCAUUGUGGUGUAGGGGAUGGAGUAAUACCUGCCAUGGUAGUGGGUAUAAAGAAUGAGAACACAGGCUGCUGGGAACCGAGAAGGGAAAAGGACUGUUCUGCUUUAACACUAUACAGAGAACUGUAUUUGGCAGCUUAGCUACUAGCAGUGAGCUUGGAAGAGCUUCUGCAAGUUAGUAUUAGGUAAGGUCUAAAAAAUUUAUGAAGCAAGCACAAAGUUGUAUCAGUUUUACAUUGAAGACUUUGAUGUUAUUUUCCCCUAUAUCUAAAGUUUAUCAGAUACAGCUUCCAGCUGGUCGCAUCUUCUGUCUUUACCAAUUUAGUCUGGAUUUUAGACUUCUGUGGAAAUACUGCCUGUGCCUCAGGGCAGUGAAGUUCAGGUUAACAGGCUGCCCACUGCUCUGCUGUCGUGUGUUCUUGUUGUCAGUUCAGAGGCGUUUGGUAGCGAUGAUCUUCCAGACUAUGUUAGGUGAGUUAUCUGUAACCCUUACUUCAUAUUUUCUCCGAUGUGGAGUAGAACUGCAGUCAGCGUGUCGUAAAUGCACUAACAGCUCGUUCUGUAAGGGUUUUUUUUUUUUUUUUCAGAUUACAAAACCUGUUGCCGUAGUUCUCCUGCUGCGAAUGACUUUUUAUUAGAGCCCUAUAAUAGGAGUACAGACUCCUUCUAGUUACUAUUGAGGUACGGAAGUGGGGAGCGCAAAGAUUUCUUGCAUUUUCAGACCAAAGUCGCGUGGAUGAUUUGGAGUCGAGAGAUGCCUUUACUGCGGAAAGUCUGGGGUCUCCUGUGGCACCAGAGGCGGUGCCAGCGGCACAGUGCCGGAGCCGCGCUCCUUCCGAGCGGCGGGAAGCGUCCCGCCGUCUGCGGCACCUGCGGGCUCAGGUAACGGGCGGCGGCGGCGGCGCUUCCCGCUGACGUCAGGCGGGCGGGGCUCGGCCGGCCGCUGCGCCGAGGCGGCGGCGGUAGGCUGUGCUCGGCCGACAUGGCGGCGGGGCCGCGCUGAGCGCCCGGGCGGCCCUUCCGUCGGCUGGCGGGAGCAGCUCCUCGCCUCCAUGGACGCUUCUUCCGACCCGUACUUGCCCUACGAUGGCGGAGGAGACGGCAUUCCGCUCCGCGAGCUGCAUAAAAGAGGAACUCAUUAUACAAUGACAAAUGGAGGAAGCAUCAACAGUUCAACACAUUUACUGGAUCUUCUGGAUGAACCAAUUCCUGGAGUAGGAACGUACGAUGACUUCCAUACCAUUGACUGGGUUCGAGAGAAGUGCAAAGACAGAGAAAGGCAUAGACGGAUUAACAGCAAGAAGAAAGAAUCAGCAUGGGAGAUGACAAAAAGUUUGUAUGAUGCAUGGUCAGGAUGGCUCGUAGUCACACUUACUGGCUUGGCAUCAGGGGCGCUGGCAGGAUUAAUUGACAUUGCUGCUGACUGGAUGACUGACUUAAAGGAAGGCAUUUGCCUUAGUGCUUUGUGGUUUAACCAUGAACAGUGUUGCUGGGGUUCAAAUGAGACCACGUUUGAAGAGAGAGAUAAAUGUCCACAGUGGAAAACUUGGGCAGAACUAAUAAUUGGGCAAGCAGAAGGUCCGGGUUCGUACAUAAUGAACUACAUAAUGUACAUUUUCUGGGCUUUGAGCUUUGCCUUCUUAGCAGUUUGUCUGGUGAAGGUGUUUGCUCCAUAUGCCUGUGGCUCGGGGAUACCUGAGAUAAAAACUAUUUUGAGUGGCUUCAUCAUCAGAGGUUACCUGGGAAAGUGGACUUUGAUGAUAAAAACCAUCACUUUAGUCUUGGCUGUAGCAUCAGGUUUGAGUUUAGGAAAAGAAGGUCCCUUGGUACAUGUUGCCUGCUGCUGUGGGAAUAUUUUUUCCUACCUCUUUCCAAAGUACAGCACAAACGAAGCUAAAAAAAGAGAGGUAUUGUCAGCUGCAUCAGCAGCGGGAGUGUCUGUGGCCUUCGGUGCCCCAAUUGGUGGAGUCCUGUUCAGUCUGGAGGAGGUCAGUUACUAUUUCCCACUGAAAACUUUAUGGAGAUCAUUUUUUGCUGCUUUAGUAGCUGCAUUUGUUUUAAGGUCCAUCAAUCCUUUUGGUAAUAGCCGCCUAGUUCUUUUUUAUGUGGAAUAUCACACUCCUUGGUACCUUUUUGAACUGCUACCUUUUAUUCUUUUGGGAGUAUUUGGUGGGCUCUGGGGAGCAUUUUUCAUCCGAGCAAACAUUGCAUGGUGCCGUCGACGCAAAUCUACAAAAUUUGGGAAGUACCCUGUCCUGGAGGUCAUCAUUGUUGCAGCAAUAACAGCUGUCAUUGCAUUUCCUAAUCCAUAUACGAGGUUAAACACUAGUGAGCUUAUUAAAGAGCUCUUCACAGACUGUGGGCCACUAGAGUCCUCCUCCCUCUGUGACUACAGAAAUGAUAUGAAUGCAAGCAAGAUAGUAGAUGAUAUUCCUGACCGUCCAGCAGGCACUGGAGUCUAUUCAGCUAUCUGGCAAUUGUGUUUAGCACUCAUAUUUAAAAUAAUCAUGACAGUCUUCACAUUUGGUAUUAAGGUUCCAUCUGGGUUAUUCAUACCCAGUAUGGCAAUUGGAGCAAUAGCAGGAAGGAUUGUAGGAAUUGCAGUGGAGCAGCUGGCUUACUAUCAUCACGACUGGUUCAUUUUCAAGGAGUGGUGUGAAGUUGGAGCUGACUGUAUUACUCCUGGUCUUUAUGCCAUGGUUGGUGCUGCUGCCUGCUUAGGUGGUGUAACAAGGAUGACUGUGUCCCUGGUAGUUAUUGUCUUUGAGCUAACAGGAGGGCUGGAGUAUAUUGUGCCCUUAAUGGCUGCAGUCAUGACCAGUAAGUGGGUAGGAGAUGCCUUUGGUAGGGAAGGCAUCUAUGAGGCACACAUCCGACUGAAUGGAUAUCCCUUCUUGGAUGCAAAGGAGGAAUUUACUCACACAACACUGGCUGCUGAUGUUAUGAGACCUCGAAGAAGCGACCCACCGUUAGCUGUUUUAACACAGGAUAAUAUGACAGUUGAAGACAUAGAAAACUUGAUCAACGAAACCAGCUAUAAUGGUUUUCCUGUUAUUAUGUCAAAAGAAUCGCAGAGACUAGUGGGCUUUGCUUUAAGAAGAGAUUUAACUAUUGCAAUAGAAAGCGCAAGGAAGAAGCAGGAAGGGAUUGUUGGCAGUUCCAGGGUCUGUUUUGCCCAGCAUACCCCAUCACUUCCAGCAGAAAGCCCUCGGCCUUUGAAACUUAGAAGCAUACUUGACAUGAGCCCUUUCACCGUGACAGACCACACACCUAUGGAAAUAGUGGUGGAUAUUUUCCGGAAGUUGGGUUUGAGGCAGUGCCUUGUGACACACAACGGGAUUGUCUUGGGGAUCAUCACAAAGAAGAACAUAUUAGAGCAUCUCGAGCAACUAAAGCAGCACGUCGAACCCUUGGCGCCUCCUUGGCAUUAUAACAAAAAAAGAUAUCCUCCGUCAUAUGGCCCAGACGGCAAACCAAGACCCCGCCUCAAUAAUGUUCAACUGAAACCCAUAGCUGAGGAGAGAGAGGAAACUGAAGAGGAGGUUCAUUUGUUGAAUAGCACAACACUUUAGUCUGGGAGAUACUUCUAAAAAUCAGAAAUGAGAGCUGGGUUUUUGUGUAACAGUGCUGCUGGAAAUCAGGAGUUGGUCUGGGGGAAUAUGUGGAGAGGAGGAAGGCUGUUGGGAGCAUGGGAGCUGCUGUCCUGCACUGGAUGCGUCCUGAGAUGUCCGGUCUGCCAUGAUAGUGCAGUGGGAGAGCCGUGCAAGGUGGCACAAUUCUCCAGCCCCAGCCUGGUACUUCAGCAUCAAAGAGAUGUGUUACUAGUCCCUAUUUCUGGAGGGAUCCUUCUGAAUUGAGCCAUCUUAUGGAGACUGAAAGGUCUUGCCCUUUUUAUCAUUGAGAACUGUUGUGUUAACUCAUGAAAUGUAUAAUUAUUACACGUCACCUUUCUACAUUCCAGAAGAGCUUUAUUUCUCUCUCUCCUGAGCCGUUACAAAGCCUCUUUAAAUUGGUGUGCCCUUUUGAAGUAGUUGUUUCUCAUAUUGAGAUGUACUGUGAGUUACUGAGGUUGGAUCGCAAGGAGGGAGGUUUUGCUUGUGCCAUUAAAUGUGUGAGGUUGAACAUCAUGAAGUGCUUGGGGCAGUACAGAUCUACUGCGACAAAAGCAAACUGAGCAGGAAAUACCUUGCAAGAGCCAUGCGAAACAUCUUUCAGCCCAUCUGCUGUGAUAAGAGAAAAAGUAAAAAAUAGAAAGUAGAGUUGCAGAGAAAAAUACUGGUUUUGCUGCAGAAAGUAUCAAUAAUGUGACCUGAUCUUAUGCAAUUUUUGUAUUGUCGAAACACUAGGGUAUAUACCAAUGUUGUGCAGUACCAGGAAAAGUACUGCUGUUCUACUAGUUAAGAGCUGGAACAAUUCUGUAUACGUGUGUCUGGAAAAAUGCAUGCUACAACACUGGAGAUAUUUCCCCUCUGUAAAGUUUGAGAUUGCUCAGUUUUAUUUUUUCUUCUGAACAAAAGACGUCCCACUGCUGACAUGGUAGGAAGAAACGUAACUCAUAACUUGCACUAAUGUAUAUUAUUUUUCUUGAGGUUUUACCAUUAUUUAUAUUUUUAUGAAUUAAAAAAAUCUAUUAAAUACAAAUCAGUUGAUGUCUCACAUAACUAAUUACCUUUUUAAUGUGAUUUUAUAUAAUAAUUCGUAAUCCUCUGCGAGUAAUGGAGGAUUAGCAAAUGUUUACAACUAGAUGAAGGGUUUAAACAAAAUUGUUUCUUUACAAUCCAACAUGCAUAUAAGAUGAUUUUCAGAUGUAACUUUCACUGCCGUUACCUUAAGACUUCCUCUUCCCUUUCCGAGCAGAUAACUGGAACAGUAAUACUAAAAACAUUAUUUAAAAAAAAUCAGGGUUUUAAAACGAAUAGGAAGCAACUAUAAUUAUUAGAUUGCUUUAGACUUUCUUUCUGAGUACACAGAGGUGUGAAUGAUACACAGCCACAGAAGACGAGCAGCAGGGCAGAAUGAAUCCAGUACUUGAAAGCUUGGCAGGACUUCAGAGCUGAGCAGCACCACGCGCGCCAGAAGGUGAGCUGACACAUUCCUAACGUCUUUCUCCUUUCAGCCACCAGAUUAAUUUUUCUUCAGCUGUUCAAAGCACCACAAACACGUGUGGAGACAAAGGUAGCGUGCUGUAAGUCUGCAGUAAAAAAGCUAAGAAACGUGGUUGACAAAAUCUUGUUUUACAGUAUGUGGUUAAAUGAAAUUUAGUUAUUAACAAUUUUGCCCAUAAGACUGCAAAAGUUUAAAUGAUGAAACAGCUAAAAUCUUGGGCAUCUCUAAGGCUGUCAUCACAGUUACCUCAAACAUCUUUAUUCAGCCAAGUGCUCAGCAUGAUCUUAUCUUGAAGAACAGUAACGUGCUCCAAACAGUAUUCUGGUAGGAUUGGCAAGCUCCAAAACAAUGCCAGUGCUUCAGGUGCUACGUUGAAUUUGUGUUUUCAGAACAUAUAACUGCAGUCACCUCUUUCUCACCUCUUGCAUCAACUAGAACCAGGGGAAAGCCUGACGUGUUGGUGGGCUGCAAUCAGCCCCUGUGCAGAAAGCAGCUUUGGAACUGAAACAGAAUCAAGCUGUGUUAUGGUUGCUGCGUUGCAGCAACUAGCUGUACUCUUCCAAGUGAAUCAGUGCUUGUUCUGUUAUGUUGUGUGAGCUUGCAGCAACCUUAUAAGGAGCAGGGUUUGGUCCAUCCAAGGAGGACAGCUCAGGAAAUUGUCUGAGGCUGAUCUCUGCUGUUUAUUAUUAUUAUUUCUGUAGUGGAAGGAUAUAAAUGCACUACAGCUUUAAAAAUAAAAAUAAAAAUAAAAAUAAAUUGCUUUAAAUCAGUUUGAAGCCUCUGCCAUUUCUUAUGGUUUCCUCAUCCUAAUACACUGUAGUGUAUUAAUUUGCACCUGACCCCACCUACAGACUCUACUGUCUGAAAUACAGUGCAGUCUGUGCCCCUGCUGUGUUUUAUCAUUUUAGUAUGGAUCCCAAGCGCUGCAUAUAAGUGGUGCAUCUCUGGUUACUGUUCUUACCUGCUAAGCUUUCUCCACUGACAUGUAAAAUGUCUCAUAACCAUGCAUUAGAAAUUCUGAUACUGAAGUAUGUGUGCCUGUGCUGUUCAACAAAAUUUUUCUAAUGUAAAGCUUCCAGCGCCUUACUCAAGUUACUGAUUUGAAAAAAAAAUGUGGUGGAUGGGAGGGUGAAAGUGUCAGCAUUAUUUUUUUUUUGUUUUGUUUCAAACCAUUCAGUUACUGGUUGAUGAAGAAUGCAUACUUUGUUAAUCUGUGAUGUUGCCUAGAGCUGUAUUUAAUAUUGAUUGAUCUUAAUGUUUUUAUUUAUAAUAGUGUGGUAGAGCUGCGUAUCAUUACAGUAAAAAUUCCCAUUACUGUGAUGACUUAAUCAAACAUUAAAAACUUCUGUAUGACCAUU